CAGCGGACGGACGACGGAGAGAGGGAUGACAUUCAGGACGCCCUCGAUGAGGAGGAGGGCCGCGAGGGUGGGGCCAGGGAGGGGGGGGGGAGACGAGGCAGAUGAGGCAGUCAGAGAGCCUGACCUGCCAGGGGAGGAGGUGGUGAUGACGUCGAGAGGCGUCAGUCGAGCGGGUCCCGCUCCUAGGGCACCGCGACCUGAGUUGGAGCGCGCGAGGAGGAAGAAGAGGACAGUGGGGGAGGCUAUCGUCGAGGUGCGCGACACGGGCAGGGAGAAAAGGGGUCGGCAGACGACGAUUGAAGAGAUGUACGCCAAGGAGAAGUUGGCCGACUUCGCAGACGCGUGGAUGCAGUGGAUCUACGUGAAGGGGUUGCCAUUCAACGCCUUCCGUGGUCCGGAGUUCCAGAGGGUGCGGCAGACGGCAGAGAGAGUGCCUCGCAGUGUCCGGUUCCGGUUUCCCUCGUUCAGGGUUACAGCGGGCGCCGGUAUUCCUUCGCAGAGGGCGAAGGUGGCGACGAUGGUGAGCAAGGUGCGUGUCGCUUUCCGGCACAGCGGUGCCACCAUCCUCUCCGACGGGAGGAAGUCGCAUAGCGACAAGCCGCUCGUGAACUUCCUCACAGGCGUCGCCAAAGGCGCCCUGCUCUACGCCACCGUCGCACGUGACGGGUCGGUCCGAGACACAACGGACAUCGUGUACCGUAGGUGGCGGGCCAUAAUCUUGUCCUUUCCUGCAAAGGACGUGAUCGGCUUCUGCACAGACUCCGCCAGUAACUAUCCGGUGGCGGUGCGCAGAUUCGCCACUAACCCCGACCACGACAUUAGGAGGAUCACUUGGCUCCUCUGCUCCACCCAUGUCUGCAACUUGAUGUUGUCAGAUACCGGGACGCGGGUGGGGUGGGUCAAGGACACCAUCAUCAGCGCUCGGGCGCUUGUGCGAUUUAUUAAAUCGCACGGCGCUGCUCACGCCCUGUUUAGGAAGCACGAGCGCAUCAACACGGCGAGGCGCGCCAAGCUUGGGUUUGCCAAGCUUGCACAACUGGUUGAGAUUGCCACCAAUCUCAAACUGGCCUCGUGCGCACGACAGGGUGGUGGCUACGUGUUGCCAUGGGUUAUGGGAACAGGUCGGGGGGGGACGGCGGCAGAGGACGAGGAUGAGGAGGGAGACGUGAAGCCCGAGGUGUGGGGAGCGCGACCUGUUGGUAGUGUUCCAAAGGUGGAGAUCCAGCGGCAGAUUGUCGCUUUCCAUGACAGCCGACCGUCCAGAGCCCAUUCAGUUCGGGACGUGUUCGGCAAGAGGACGACGGAGCUGCGACCGUGGCCAGAGGGUGGGGAUGAUGCGGACGCUAUUGCGGCAAACGACGACAUCGACGACGAGUGGACAGACGAUGAUGACACGCCGCUGAGUGGCGACCCGACGGCUGAGCGGGUGUACUUCACUUACGGUGGGGGACGAGACGGCGUGGAGUCAUUCACAUUCAUUAUCACUGGUGAUGUGCCGUCGACCGUACAGACGAGUGGCAGCAGCAGAGCCACUGGUGGUCGUGGAGGACGUUCGCGUGCGGAGGUUGGCGUCGACGACUCUGGGGAGCAGCAGCCACGGGGAGGUCUUCGGCAGACAGGCAGACGUUGGGAGGUUAGGAGCGACAGCGAGGCCGAGGAGGAUGUGCCCCUUCACGAUCGUCGCUUCUCUCCCUCCCAUCAUCGGAGCGCUGCACAGCCUGAGGCACUUAGGCGUUCGGAGAGGUUGGUGUCGGCAGCAGGCAGAGACCGGACACACGACGACGAGGAUCGUGGGGGGGAGAGGACUCCUUCCGACGCUGGUAUCCGCCCCCGCUCGCCGUCGGUGCUCCGCACACACGACUUUGACGUCGGCUUGGUGGGAGUUUGGGAGAUUUCAGUGUCGAGGGACGUCGGCGUGCCUCACCGUCGGAGGUGCGCACCGACGCGAACGUUGUGCGGGGCCCUGUUGAGACUGAGGAGGAGAGGGAUGCCCGUUUGGACAGAGAGGAGGAGGAGCGACUGGGGAGUUUGCCACGAUGGGAGGGUCGGUUCGCGUAUCUUGACGAGCAACGUCGGCGGAGGGAGUUGGACACAGGAGGGGGGGGAGGCCGUGACGUCGACGACUCGGGUGUUGCUCUAACAAGAAUGACAACGUUGAAGCCUCAGUUUAUCUAACCGACCAGUUACAUGA